AAAAGCUGAAUCCACCUUCGACAAUCAUUUCACCAACAACUUAUUUAGCUAACAUCACAUCAGAGGUUGACCAGGAUACUUGGAUUGUGUCCCGUUUCAGUACGGAUGCUGAUAUCCAAUAUGUUGCUGCCGAAUCGGAUAAAAAUAGUUCGGAUAAAGAAAACUCUGAAUCUCAGGCACCUGGCUUAUUUGAUAAAU